AUGCUAAAAAUCUUAAUCCCCACACUAAUGCUUAUCCCAUCCACAUGAUUAAUCAACAAAAAAUGACUUUGACCAUCUCUCACCUCCCAAAGCCUUAUUAUCUCUCUUCUCAGUCUCUCUUGAUUUUUCAACCAAACAGAAACCACCCACUUCUCUAACCACCUUAUAUCAAUUGACCAACUAUCAACCCCGUUGCUAAUCCUCACAUGCUGACUUUUACCCCUCAUAAUCUUGGCCAGCCAAAACCACCUCUCAACAGAACCAAUCUCACGUCAACGAACCUUCAUUACUAUAUUAGUUUUCCUCCAGCUCUCUCUAAUUAUAGCAUUUUCCGCAACUGAGUUAAUCCUAUUCUAUAUUAUAUUCGAAAUCACACUUAUCCCAACGCUGAUUAUUAUUACCCGCUGAGGAAACCAAGCAGAACGACUAAAUGCAGGCACUUACUUUUUAUUCUACACCUUAGCAGGGUCCUUGCCCUUACUGGUCGCCCUUCUAUCUCUGUACUCCUACACCGGCACCCUCUCACUAAGCCUUCUCCAACUUCUCCCUAACCACAUCCCCCUCUCUUGAGCAAAUAAACUAUGAUGAUUCGCCUGCCUUCUUGCCUUUAUAGUCAAGAUACCUCUGUACGGCACCCAUCUUUGACUCCCCAAAGCCCAUGUAGAGGCCCCAAUCGCUGGAUCCAUAGUCCUAGCCGCUAUUCUUCUAAAACUAGGCGGAUACGGCAUUAUCCGAAUCUCAAUUACACUGACACCCGCUAUAAAAGACUUAGCGUACCCCUUCCUAAUCUUAUCUCUAUGGGGCAUUAUUAUGACAAGCUCAAUCUGCUUGCGACAAACCGACUUAAAAUCUAUAAUCGCCUACUCUUCAGUAAGCCACAUAGGCCUUGUGAUUUCAGCAGCAAUAAUCCAAACUCCAUGAAGUCUUACUGGAGCAAUAAUUUUGAUAAUCGCCCACGGAUUAAUCUCAUCUGCCCUAUUCUGCCUUGCUAAUACCAAUUACGAACGCACACACAGCCGAGCCCUAUUACUUUCCCGAGGCCUACAAUCUAUUCUUCCCCUGAUAGGCACAUGAUGAUUACUAUCCAACCUAGCUAAUAUAGCUCUCCCCCCAUCACCAAACCUAAUAGGAGAAAUCACCAUCAUAACCGCCCUAUUCAACUGAUCAAACUGAACUAUUAUUCUAACCGGAAUCGGCACGCUUUUAACAGCAAGUUAUUCCCUUUACAUAUUCCUUAUUACCCAACGAGGCCCCACCCCAGAACAUCUAACUGCAAUUACCCCAACACACACUCGAGAGCACACCCUUAUAACCCUCCACCUCAUCCCUAUCAUUCCACUAAUAAUAAAACCAGAACUAAUCUGAGGCCUAUUCUUCU